CAUUCGUAAGUAAAUAAACAAACAAUUUAUUAACUCCCGGAUGGUUCGCACAGUCGGUUCACUCUUUUCUUAUCAGUUAGAUAACCAGUGAUUCGUUUAUAACAUCCUAUUGAAAUUAUUUAUCAGCGUUUAAAUACAAUUGUAACAACAAAGUGUGCUUCACGCGAUCUCGUAAUCCCACAAGCAAAAAAAACGUGUUCACACCAGCUGAUUCUGGCAAAAGAUGAGUACUUCCACCGAAACGCGGGACCUAUCCAAGCUGAAUGUGGGAUUCAUCGGAGGCGGAAAUAUGGCUUAUGCCAUUGCAGCCGGGCUGUUUAAGACUGGCGUCCUCAACCCGAAUCAAGUUGUUGUAUCGGCAACUCGUUUGGAAAACCUGAAAGAACGCUGGAAUCCAUUGGGCGUCAACAGGCUAACCACAAGCAAUGCCGAGGUGCUACAGGAGGCGCAAAUCAUUUUCCUCUGUGUAAAACCGCACAUCCUACCGGCCUGUAAGGAGUCCAUCAUGGUCGAGGCGGAAUCCAUCCAGCAUCUCGCCUCCCACUGCCACGAAAAGGUCAUGGUUUCAAUUUUGGCCGGUGUAACCCUGGCAAAGCUGAAGGAAACGUUUUCGUUUUUGAACAUACAGCACGUGCGCACAAUGCCUAACACUCCGAUGCAAGUUGGAGCAGGUUGUACCAUAUACUGCGCGGGAUUCGGAAAACACUGCCCAGGGGUUGUUCUCAGUUACUACAAAGACAUAAAAUUUAUGCUAAGCCAGUUAGGAUUGGCAUAUGAAGUGAAGGAGGAGCAGAUGGAUGGCAUCACUGGUCUGACCGGGUGUGGUCCUGCCUUUGUCUAUGAAAUCAUUGAAGCCCUAGCCGACGGAGGGGUGAAGCAAGGCAUUGCUCGUGACAUGGCUCUCAAAAUGGCAGCUCAAACUGUGUUGGGAGCUGCCAAGACAGUACUGGAAACUGGGAAGCAUCCCGCUGUGCUUAAGGAUGAGGUAUGCUCUCCGGGCGGAGCCACAAUCCAUGGCGUUCACGAGCUCGAAAAAGGUGCAAUGCGAGCGACGCUGAUGAACGCGGUGGAAAAGUCUGCUGCUCGAGCAAAGGAGCUCUCUUGAAGUGCUUAGUAAGUACCUGUGUGUAUCCGGUAAUUAGUAAUUAUUGUUUGUCUUGAUGAUAUCUCUGUUAGCAUACCUUUAUAAUAGAAAAAUGCAUUGA